AACACUGGUAAUGUGUGCUGUGUCCAAACCCUGAUUUUGGAAAAACUGUGUCGCAAGACUCAUCAUUGGCAAGAACACAAUGGACUGCAACAUCCUGGUCGCUUUUACGUCAACAUCCAAUCUCAUUAAACAACACGCCCUGUCAGCAGAGAUAUUUAAGGAACCACUGCGACACUUUCUCAGUACGGAGAAGGACUACCUUCUGUCAACACCAUCUAACAAACAUGGGCAGGUUCAUUCUCUUUGCAGGUCUCUGUUUGGUCGCCGCCAGUGUGGCUUCUGCGUAUAAUAUUGUCUGUUACGUCAACAUCGACGCCCAAAGCCGAACUGCUCCUUGGAAUUUUGACCCUGCGACGCAUUUUAGCGGCGCGCAAUGCACUCACAUGGUCGUGGCCUACGCUGACAUCGGUGACUCAAAUAAUUUGAUUGAACAGUCAGCAGGUGACACUACUUUCUACAGCAGUGUAACUGACCUCAAGAACAGCAAUGCCGAUCUCAAAGUCCUUUUGGCAGUUGGUGGCCCAGGUUUUGAUGCAACCAAAUUCUCAGGAGUUGCGACGGACGCAAAUAAAGGUACUUUCAGCACUAAUGUCAUAAGUUUCCUGAGAACGAAUCAAUUUGACGGACUCAUGUUAGACUGGAGAUUCCCUGAAACUGAUGAAAAGGAUGCGUUCACAGCACUGUGCCAGCAACUGUCAGAUGACUUUGACAGCGACACAACUAGCGGUGACUCAUUACUGCUCGGAGCUGCAGUGUCUGGUGAUCCAGUGCUCAUGAACGACAUCUACGACAUCCCAGCACUGGACAAUCACCUGGAUUUCAUCAACAUCAUGGCAUACGACUUUUAUAAUGUAGCUUAUGGGGUAGUUAGACAUCAUGCUCCUUUAAGUCCAGGAAUUUUGGACACCCAAGACUUUGCACACUGGAAUGCUGAGGACGCAAUGAUUUUCUGGAGAAACAGAGGUGCAACUACCGAAAAGCUUCUGAUGGGAGUUGCUGCAUAUGGACGGACCUUUACUCUUUCAAGUCAACAAUUCAAUGAUAUCGGAGCAUCGGCCUCUGGAACAGGUGACGCAGGCGAUUACACUAACGAAGCUGGACUUUUGUCCUACUUUGAGAUUUGUAGUGGGUUCCCAUCCACUCAAAUGAAAUGGUCUGAUGAACACCAGGUUCCUUAUGCUUUUGAUGGAGAUCAGUGGGUUGGAUAUGACGACGCAGCUAGUGCAGAACUAAAGGCGACCUUUGUGAUAAACUACAGCUUUGGAGGAGUUGCCGUUUGGUCUCUGGACUUAGAUGAUUACCUGGGACAAUGUUCAUCUCAAGCGUAUCCCAUUGUUCAUGGGCUGUUUACCACUCUUGAAGCAGACGUGUCCACCAUAACGUUCACCACUGCAGCUGAAACCCAAACAACUUGUCCUUCAAGCGACCUCUACAGAGGCUGUGUUGGACAGGAGAAUGGACAGUAUUCCGUCCCUGGCUACCCCCGUUGCUUCUACAACUGCUGGGAUGGAAUUGCAUUUUUGCAGCAAUGCCCACUCGAUCUAGUGUUCAAUGAGGACUGUGCUUGCUGUGAUCAUGAUGACACAAAUGUUCCCACAGGUGGCACUGGGGCAGACUUCUGCCAAAAUAUGGAUGAUGGUAUCUACGCCAAGACAGAUAAUCCAGCUCAAUAUAACCACUGUGCUCAUGGUGUGACAUAUAUCAGGGACUGUCCUCAAAACACAGUCUACAGUACAUCUUGCCAAUGUUGUGACCAUGCAACAUAAGCAAUAUAUCUUAUAUUACUCUCUAAUCUUUCUGACUCAAUCAAAAUGGGGCAAAACUUUAACUCAAAGUCUUACACUCUUGGAAUUGAGUCAUAUUUACGGGGGGAGGAGGGGACAUGUACCUUAGUUUAGACUUUAAAAGGUUAACUGUCAUUACUGUUCACUCUACAAAACAAGUAUACAAUAAAAACAUUUGUGGUUGCAAGCAA